GAAUAAUAAUUUUUUCUUUGCACUUUACUAUAGUAAAGCUUACCAAUUUUUAUAACUGAGUGCACAGCUUAAGUUAAAUAAAACUAUAAACAUAAUAUUAUAAGGGUAAAUAAAUUAGUUUCAUUUUCAAUUACUUCAUUCUAAGAAUUUUUCUUUAUUACCUUUUAAACCAGGGAAAACUAACUAUUGUGUUCAAACAUUUAGUGAUUGGUUUUUGACUGGUUUAUUUAAAGCUCUUAAAUACUACCGAAGACCAUGCCCAAAACUAACAACUAAUAAAUAGGUGUGUAAUUAAAUACAUUAUUUGUUUAGGCAAGGUGCAUUAUAUACAGAUAAAAAAUGAACUAGGUACCUACCUAUUAUUUGAUGGAGCAAGAAUUAAGUUAAUCUUUGUAUGAUAUAAAACUUAUUUAAUCCUAAUUUUGAAUAAUGCAAAUAUAUGAUAAUUAUUCUCAUCUGAAUCUGAUUGAGUUUUUUAUGGACAGUCUGCACUACCUGGCAUAGUAUUUAUGACAACAAUAAUAAGACAAUUGGAUUUAAAACUGUGUUUAUCUAUUUAUCGUAUGCUAAAGGGAUGGCUGAUUAGUCAUUACCAAUAUGUUAAGUAAUACACUGUUUAAUAACCACCAUAAAAAUAACUUCGGUCAUAUAUACCAAUGAUGCUUCUCUCGGAUUAAGUACCUUCAUAGUUUUAGAAAAAUGAUUGUUCACAUAUAUCUAUUAUGGUAUGUCAUAUUAUGUGACUUUAUUUAAUGGAACAUAGUAGUAGGUGUUUCUUAUUUGUAGUUUUGUCAACAAUUCAUAUUCACAUAGUCAACUGCACUUAACAUUUUUUACAUUAAAGCCUAUUCCAUUUCUUAUUUUGUUUGAAUAGAAAAAAUUGGCAUAUUAUGCACUAUGCAACUGUAAAAUAUGAAUAGUAUUAUAUUAUUCAUCUCUAUUAAAAACUUAAGUCCUGUUUCAUGUCUUGGGGAUGAAUUAAUAGUAAAAUAUUGAAUUUUGUCAAUGAUAUUAUUUUAAAAAAUUAAUCAAGUGGUACAAUGGGUGAUUCUGCAGUAAAUAACAAAUCAAAUUCUGCAGAUGAUGAUAAAUUGUCAUGUUCAACAAGACCAUUAACUCAGAUUAAUAAUGUACUGAUCAAUACAUCUAACUUACAUGAUAAAUCUAAACCAUUGGAUAAAGUUGGGUCUCCUGCACAACAGAUAGAACAUAUGGAAGGUGUUGAACAUGAAUCUCCUGUUCAACAGAAUAUAGAAGGCGUGGGGCAAGAAUCUCCUGCCCAACAAAAUAUGGAAGUUGUGGAGCAAGAAUCUCCUGAACAACAGAAUAAGGAACUCAUAGAGCAAAAAUCUCCUAAACAGCAGAAUAAGGAAGAUGCAGAGCAAGAAUCUCCAGUACAACAGAGUAUGGAAAGUGUGGAUCAAAAUUCUCCUACUUCUAGUACCGAAAAAAAAAAUGAUUUUGAAAUUGGUGAUAUUGUUUGGGCUAAAAUUGGAAGGUACCCAUUUUGGCCUAGCAUUGUCUGUAUGGAUCCGGAAACCAAUGUAUACAUUAAAGGAUCACUUCAAAAUAAAAGACAAUUUUCAUUACACGUACGUUUUUGUAAUGAUCAUGGUAGAAGAAGUUGGGCCAAAACUGUAGAAAUGUAUUCUGGAAAAGAAGCAUUGCUUUCAAAAUAUCCCAAUGGUUUAGCGUUAAUAAAAAAUAGUAAGAAGCAAAUGUCUGUGUGGGAUGUGGCAGUGAAAGAAGCUGAUAAUUGGUUGAAAGUAAAUAGAGAUGACAGAAUGACUAGAUUUGCAAGAUCAAAUGGUUUGAGUCGUUCCAAAAUAAGUGGUCUGGGUCCCAAACCUCCAAGUGCUCCCACUCCAUCUACAUCUACUGCCGUUACACCUCAACAAUAUUUAGCAAUGCAAAAAGAAAAAGCUCUUAAAGCAGCAUCAUGUGCACCAAGUACUAGUGGUUCUCAAGGGAUAAAUUGUGAAGCUAGUACUAGUGGCACUAACAUGCGUCAAUGUUAUGUUCAGUUGAAAGAUAUAAAAAAAAAACCUUCGCGGAAAGAACCUUCAGUAGAAAGAGCUGUGCCCCUACCAAAAGUUGAACUACCAAUACCUGCACUGGCAAAACCAAAACCUGCAAAAAAGAAAUAUGUUGAUGAGCAAAAGAAACAGUUAAGAGAAACUUUAAAGAAAAAAAAGGCUAAGAGAGCAUUACAAGUUAAAAAAUAUGGUUUCUCUUAUUCAUCAUCUGAAUAUGAAAGUACUGAUGAAGAAGCUGAACCAUUAGUACCUUUUAAUCCAAAUCGGAAAGUGUUGGAAUCAAUUAAAUAUGCAGUAGCGAAUUUAGAAUCUGAAGGAAUGCAAAGGCAGAGAGAGAAAAGAAUUUUGAUUAAAGCUAUAAGACUUGCUGAAAGAAGAACUUCUAAGAAAAAUAAAGAAGAAGAGGAACAACAGGAACAAGAGCAAUAGCAAUAUUUUAUUUAUUUGUGAAGAACUAUUGUAUUAGGUAAUUUAAAUACAUUAAUAUAAUAAAACUGUACAUAAAAAGCAAAGAAAGAAUUAAAGGGAAACAUUUUUAUUUUUAGUACUUUAAGUAAUGACUGUUCUACCUUUUAAAAAGUAUAAGAGGAAUAAAAUACUAUUAAGUUAUACCGACAGUCAAUAUGUAGCUAUUUAUUAAGUAUAAUCAAAGGUGCUAACAAGUAACAAAAAAAAACCUAUAGCCUAUAAUCAGGCUUAAACUUAACUAUGUUUAUUUAAAAUUGAAACAAAUAGUAAUAGUUUGAAAUAUAUAAGAAAGUUAAUUAUA